AUGGCCGUGUCGUCGCCCCCGGUCCUUCCGGCAACUUCCAGCGGCGGCACCGGCGGCGGCGGCGGUGGGAGCGCGGGGUGCUUGUUCCGAGGGGACCCGCUCUACUCGUCCAGCCCGUCCGAGUCGCCUCGCCUGAGCGGCAGCCUCAUCCACGGCUUCAUCGCCAGUGCGGCCGGCGGCGGCGGCGGCGGCGGCGGCGGCGGGAACGAGUGCAAGAUGGUCGACCUGCACGGGGUCAAGGUGGCGUCGUUCCUGGUGGAGGGGCAGGAGCUGAUCUGCCUGCCGCAGGUCUUCGACCUCUUCCUCAAGCACCUGGUCGGGGGGCUGCACACGGUCUACACCAAGCUCAAGCGGCUCGACAUCGCGCCCGUCGUGUGCACGGUGGAGCAAGUGCGCAUCUUGCGCGGGCUGGGCGCCAUCCAGCCGGGCGUCAAUCGCUGCAAACUCAUCACGCGGAAGGACUUUGAAACUUUGUACAACGAUUGUACCAAUGCCAGUUCACGACCAGGGAGGCCCCCCAAGCGAUCUCUGGGGGUUGCGAUACAAGAGAACACACGUCUCCUGCCCCACGGAAUGCCGGGCCUGUUAUCACAAGGACUUAUCUCCCCAACAGGUCUAACGGCUGCUGCCAUGGCUGAAGCAAUGAAACUGCAGAAGAUGAAGCUGAUGGCCAUGAAUAGCAUCCAUGGAAGUGGGAGUCAGAACGGAACCGAAUCGGAGAAUGAGGAACUCAAUUCCAAUGCAGGGGGAAGCGAAUCCUCAUGGGACAAAGAGAAACUCCAGUCUCCGAUCACAACGGGAUCUCACCAUGGAGUGGGUCAUGCAACACUCUCGGGGCAGCCCAGCUUGGGGACGGCACAUCCUCUCAGCCCUCUGCAGCAAAACCAUCUGCUCACCAACAGAAUAGAUCUGCCAUUCAUGAUGAUGCCCCACCCACUUCUUCCAGUUGGCCUACCUCCUGCUUCUGUGGCAAUGGCUAUGAAUCAAAUGAACCACCUCAACACCAUCGCGAACAUGGCUGCAGCGGCGCAAAUGCACAGCCCUCUCUCGAGAGCAGGAGCUUCCGUUAUAAAGGAGAGGAUUCAAGACAGCCCUUCACCCGCCCCGUCUGUGGAAGAGACUCAACGGCCUGGGAGUCAUGCCUCUUCGCAUCAGAGUAGCAGCGGUUCAAGCUCUCCAUCCCAACUUGACAACACGCCAGAUAGAAUUGAAGAAGUCCAGAUCGCCAUCCCAGUCUUGAAGCCAACGCUAGAAAAGGUCCAACUGGCUGGACAAACCCUGCCCCCUGGCUUUCCUGCACCUUUUCUCUUUGCCGAUGGAUUGUCAUCAGUAGAAACUCUAUUAACCAAUAUACAGGGGUUGCUGAAAGUUGCUGUAGAUAACACCCGAGUUCAGGAAAAACAGAUCCAGCAGGAAAAGAAGGAGCUGAAGAUGGAACUGUGCAGGGAGAGGGAACUCAGAGAGAGUCUGGAGAGGCAACUCACCGUUGAGCUGCAGAGCAGAGCAACAAUUCAGAAGCGCUUGAAGAAAGAGAAGAAAGCCAAAAGGAAAUUGCAAGAAGCCCUGGAGUUUGAAUCGAAGAGGAGAGAACAGGUGGAGCAGGCACUGAAGCAAGCUACGUCAGGCGAUGGUCUCAGGAUGCUAAAUGAAGCUGGGAUUCCAGACAUGGAAACUGAGCGCAACGGAACCCAACAUGACGGCGCAGCAAUGCAAGAAAACAGAACAUACAUCAAACCUUCCAUUAUGUACUGAAGACACUUACUCUGGAGUGGGGGCUGGGGAAACCAUGACGAUCACUCUCAGAAGACAAGACAGCUCCUGAAAGACACCCCGUCUAACCUU